GGCUCUGCAAGUCACAAUAAUACCCGAUCCCCGGGCACUCCUUGUAAUUUUAAGACGCUCCCUUUACGUUGUUCAACACACGUUCCAAUGAGUUUCGCCCUUUGAUCUCGGAUUCUGACACUGCAGUGCCUUCGGAUCCUCUUGCUCAGGCUAGCUAACCGCAAACGGCGUUGCUAUCACCACCGAAAACUUUGCUACUCUUUCUAUGUCUUCCCUCGGUACAUCUCCCAUCGGCCGCUCGCCGUAUUGCGGUCUCUCUGUUCCCCACCAUACUACUUUGGCAUGUAUGUAGACUUUGUUGUCGUUUCACCGAAGUUGUCAACAGGCUCAUAUGACAGAUCUCCAUAGAUCAACUCGCCUCUUUGUUCUUCUUCAGGUAUUUACUGCCGAGCCAUGGCAGGUCAUGGCAGUGUCAACUAGCAAAUAUUGCUCCCUCAAAUACAAUUCCCCUUGGGAAAUGUGCUCACACUCUGUCAAGCGCUAUUUUCUUUCCCUCCACUUCCUCCGGUAUUUUUGUGUAUACUUAUUUUCGCGCACCACAGCACCGGCACAAUGAUCUUGGAAUCAGUAAGGUAUCGCAAUGUGUUACUCAAGAACAUCAUGAGAAGAUGCGCCAAAGAGGCUUCCGAGAAGUUCUACAGCGCAUAUUACCUUGUUCGUUACACAGGAGCAGAUCCAUCAAAAUCAUGAGGAUGAUACGGCCGCCGCGAGCGCAAAGAAGCACCCUGCCUGAGAAAACCCGGCAAUGUCUUGUAAUCACAAGCCAGAGACAUAUAAAAGUGCCUUGCCUUAACCUCGCACUUUCGCCUCCAUGCAAUACAAUCUGACGCCCACUUGUACUGUAACCAUUCACACGGACGGCGACUAUCCAAAACGUUUAAGUGCGGUUUGACACUGACAGGCGUCGAGGCGAGACAACGUUCUGAUAAACGCUGCCUAACAACCCUACGUCAAGUCAAUCCGCCACUGAUCAUCAUUGGUUUUUGACUUUUCAACAUAUUCGCGAAUCUGAAUCGUCGG